AUGGAGAAGGAUUCGCCCAGGCUCUGGGUACCAAAUACUCCCAACUCACAAGUCGCCUGCGUCACUGUUCGAGCCAAGAGGGGGUGGACGCAGAAGGAUCGAAACGCAGUCUUCAACGAAGAUGGUGCCUUCUGGACGAGAACCUACUAUGGCCUCAAGAUCUCCUUCGAGAGCAGCGGGGUCUUCUCCUCCUUCGACUCUUUUGCCCCUUGCUGGAGUCUGACCAUCCUCUUCAUCUGGCUGCAGGUUCCGUCGCUCAUCAUCUACGUCAUGGCUGCGUUCAUGCUUGGCACCCUCUCCAAGGUCUAUUCCAGCGUGAUGCACCAAGAAGGCGGUCUCAUCGGCACCACCGCAGGCAUUGCGGCGCGUCUGCUGAAUUAUAGCUCGACGUACAAUGACCUGCGUGAUGACCAGGGUGUGACGAAGCAGCGAAUGUUGCGGCGCUUCAACUACAUCCUUGCUCACGAAGAAGACUUGGACGAAAACGAGCGUGAAAAGUUCGUGGAUUUUGUCUACAAAAGCAUCCUGUCAACCGGUGGCAUGGAUGCGAAGACAUCCCACUGCGACAUGCUCUCUUUCUGCACGGCCUGCGCCAGUGGUGAGCCUCUGAGCUUCGAGAUCCUGCAAGCCUUCUUCAAUCGCAAGAAGCGGGUCGGCCUGGUCGAACGGGUCUUCCAGGAUCGAAGCAUCUCCGCCAUUCAGAGUGUGACGGAGUCUCAGCUCGACAUCACGGAUUCAGGUGACGCCGAGCCCCUGAAGGAUGCGGCGGCACCGUUUGGUGGCCCUGCAAGCCAGUCUGGAAGCGGGUCUCGGCUCGGAGAAAUCUUCGCCGAAAACACCAGAAUGCAAGAGCGCUGUGCCGAAGUCACGGAGAGCUUGAAGGAGACAUUGAAAGUGGCAUCCUCCGUGACGGAAGAGGAUGCGACCACCCGGCUGGAGAUCUACCGGGACGAGGUCCAGAAGAUCGGAAAAUCAACCAAGAUGUCAGCGCAGACUCUGGCGGACGGAAGCAUCUACGAAGGGGAGUGGGUUGGUCCUGUCAGGCACGGCAGAGGCGUGCUGAAGCUCCCAGACGGCUCAUCGUACUCUGGCCAGUUCGAGCAUGGUGUCGUGCAUGGCUUCGCAGCAUAUACUUUACCCACGGGUGCCAAGUACGAGGGUGAGUGGCGGCUAGGAAAGCAGGACGGAGAAGGCCGGGAGAUAACUGCUGAGGGCGCCAUCUACCAAGGCCAGUACAAAGAUGGUAAGAAGGAAGGGCACGCCCGCAUCUCCUAUCCGGACGGCUCCAGCUUCGAGGGACAGGUUUCUGACGGCAAGCUGCACGGUAAGGGCAAGUACGUGUGGAGCAAUGGCCACUGUUACGAAGGUGACUGGCAAGAUGACAUGAUGCACGGCGAUGGCGUCUACACUUGGCCAACCGGGGUGAAGUUCGUCGGGCAGUAUCAGAACAACUUGAAACAUG